AUGUGUGGCAUUUUCGGUUACAUCAACUACCUCGUUGAGAGGGACCGCAAGUUCAUCCUUGAUACCCUGCUUAACGGUCUCUCGAGACUCGAGUACCGUGGCUAUGACUCUGCGGGUCUUGCCGUGGAUGGUGACAAGAAGAACGAAGUCUGCGCCUUCAAGGAAGUCGGAAAGGUCGCCAAGCUGAAGGAGCUCAUCGAGGAAUCCAAGCCCGACUUGACCAAGACUUUCGAGUCUCAUGCCGGUAUCUCCCACACCCGUUGGGCUACCCACGGAACUCCCUCUCGCCAGAACUGCCACCCUCACAGAUCUGACCCCAACUGGGAAUUCUCCGUGGUCCACAAUGGUAUCAUCACCAACUACAAGGAGCUGAAGGCUUUGUUGGAGAGCAAGGGUUUCCGCUUCGAGACCGAGACCGACACGGAGUGCAUUGCCAAGCUCACGAAAUACCUGUACGACCAGCAGCCCGAUAUUGAUUUCACUGUCCUGGCCAAGGCCGUUGUGAAGGAGCUCGAGGGUGCCUUCGGUCUCCUGAUCAAGUCCGUCCACUACCCUCAUGAGGUGAUUGCCGCCCGGAAGGGUUCUCCCCUCGUCAUUGGUGUGAGGACCUCCAAGAAGAUGAAGGUGGACUUCGUCGACGUGGAGUACUCUGAGGAUGGUGCUCUUCCCGCUGAGCAGGCCUCUCAGAAUGUGGCGAUCAAGAAGUCCGCCGCUGGAUUGCUGGCGCCUCCGGACAAGUCCCUCCUUCACCGCUCGCAGUCGCGGGCCUUCCUCUCCGAUGAUGGUGUUCCCCAGCCGGCCGAGUUCUUCUUGUCGUCCGACCCGUCCGCCAUCGUGGAGCACACCAAGAAGGUCCUCUACCUGGAAGAUGAUGACAUUGCCCACGUGCACGAGGGCCAGCUGAACAUCCACCGCUUGACCAAGGACGAUGGUACCUCCAACGUCCGUGCCAUCCAGACCAUUGAGCUGGAACUGCAGGAGAUCAUGAAGGGCAAGUUCGAUCACUUCAUGCAGAAGGAGAUCUUCGAGCAGCCCGAGUCCGUUGUGAACACGAUGAGAGGUCGUUUGGAUGUCGCCAACAAGCAGGUUACGCUUGGUGGUCUUCGCCAGUACAUCUCGACCAUCCGCCGCUGCAGAAGAAUCAUUUUCGUUGCCUGCGGUACUAGUUAUCACUCGUGUAUGGCAGUCCGUGGAGUGUUUGAAGAGCUCACCGAGAUCCCCAUUUCCGUGGAGUUGGCCUCGGAUUUCCUGGACAGACAAGCUCCGGUGUUCCGUGAUGAUACCUGUGUCUUCGUCUCCCAGUCUGGUGAAACCGCCGAUUCUCUGAUGGCCCUGCGCUACUGUCUGGAGCGGGGAGCCUUGACCGUUGGUAUUGUCAACGUUGUCGGCUCCUCUAUCUCUAUGAUGACCCACUGUGGUGUGCACAUCAACGCCGGUCCCGAAAUCGGUGUUGCCUCCACCAAGGCCUACACCUCUCAAUUCGUCGCCAUGGUCAUGUUCGCUCUGUCCCUCAGCGAGGAUCGGGCCUCGAAGCAGAAGAGACGGGAAGAGAUUAUGGAGGGUCUUUCCAAGAUCUCCGACCAGUUCCGCGAGAUCCUGAAGCUCAACGACCCCAUUAAGCAAAUGUGCGCCAAGUUCUUCAAGGACCAGAAGAGUCUGCUUCUGCUGGGCAGAGGUGGCCAGUUCCCUACUGCGUUGGAGGGUGCCCUUAAGAUCAAGGAGAUUUCCUACCUGCAUUGCGAGGCUGUCAUGUCUGGUGAACUGAAGCAUGGUGUCCUCGCCCUUGUGGACGAGAACCUGCCCAUCAUCAUGAUCCUGACCAGAGAUAACAUCUUCUCCAAGUCCCUUAACGCCUACCAGCAAGUUAUUGCUCGUGGCGGCCGUCCUAUUGUCAUCUGCAACAACGAUGACCCCGAAUUCUCCUCCGCGCAGACGGAAAAGAUCGAAGUGCCCAAGACUGUCGACUGCCUCCAGGGUCUGCUCAACGUCAUUCCCCUGCAGUUGAUCGCUUACUGGCUUGCCGUGGGUGAAGGUCUCAACGUGGACUUCCCCCGCAACCUUGCCAAGUCUGUGACUGUCGAGUAA